UUAUUUUCAUAAAAUAUUCAUAUUGGUUGCACGAAAUCAUAGUAACAUUCAGUUAAUUGCUACUUUGGGCGGUAUUUGGUUACAUUUUAAUUACAUGUCUAUAUUUACACUAAUUACAACGGUUGUAAAACGGAUUAUUUAUUAUUAAGAUAACACAAUAUAAUGAACAAAAAAAUUGGAGGAAUGAAAUUUUGCAAUUUCUAGUGUCUUUUCAGAAUGGUCCAUAAUGGAUAAAAUAGAAAUGUUAUUGUGAGUUAUGUUUUUAUACAUAAAAAGAAGACCUUUAAAUAUGGAUAGAAACAAUGCGAAACGAAGAGUAUGUAGAUGCCCUCUAACCGUCAUGAUCGGCGGAACUGUGAUAAUACUAGUUUUAAUUGGUGUAGUAGUUGGAAUUAGUCAAGACAAUGGAGAACAAGAGAAAGAGUUAAAAAUGGUACAUAUUAUAAUGCGACAUGGAAUAAGAACUCCUGCAGAUACUUAUCCUAAUGAUCCUUACAUAAACGAUACCUUAUACCCUAUAGGUUGGGGUCAGCUAACUAACGAAGGCAAACAACAGUUAUACGAAAUAGGUAAAUUUUUCCGACAACGCUAUAACAGUUUCCUCGGUGAUCACUAUUGGCCAGAUGAAUUUUAUACACAAUCAACGGAUGUCGACCGUACUAAGGCCAGCAUGCAACUGGUUAAUGCCGGCCUUUGGCCUCCAAAAUCUGUACAAACUUGGGGUCCCUUAGACUGGCAACCUAUCCCUGUGCAUUCAGAACCUCUGAGUCAAGACAUGUUACUUUUAGUUCGAAAACCAUGUGCUGCGUACCAUAUCGAAAGAGACAGAGUUGUCGCAUCGCAAGAAAUACAAGAUAAAUUAAAAUCUUCUCAGCAGUUAUUUGACGAUUUGACCAACUACACUGGAAGAAGUGUUAAAGAUUUUGAUGACGUACAAGAUUUAUUCAGCACAUUAAAAGCCGAAGAAGGUAUUAAUUUGACUCUGCCCGAAUGGACAAAUAAGUAUUAUCCUGAUCAAAUGCUUGAGCCAACUGUUUUCAGCUAUAUAUUAAAUUCAUGGAAUGAUAAACUUAAUCGGUUAAAAGGAGGCGUUUUAUUGAAAAAAAUCAUACAAGACUGGCAAUCAAAAGUAAACGAUACAAUUUCACCCAAAUCCAGAAAAGCUUUCUUAUAUGGAGGACACGAUUCUACAAUAGUAAAUCUAAUGAGAACUUUAAAAGUUUGGGACCCUCAGUUACCUGAUUAUGCCAUUACCAUAUUAUUGGAGUUUUCUCAAGAUUCUCAUGGAUUAUAUGGUGUGGAGGUAUUUUUACGCAAUUCUACAGUGGUACCACCCUUUAAGUUGACAAUUCCUGGAUGUGAUAGUUUCUGUUCGUUGGAUAAACUUGAGGAACUAACUAAAGAAGUAAUUCCAGAUAACUGGGAAGAGGAAUGCAAUAUUGAUGAUAGUUAUGUCGUGCCCGAACCUGGAGGUCCUUGAACGGUAUUAAUAAAUUAUUUUUGUAUUUUGAU